AUGACAUCACCAACGGAGACAACGGGGGCAAUAACUACGAUACCUGGAAUCACAGUAUUACCUACAGAAACAUUAUUACCAAUAGAAGUUCAGACACAGAAAACGAUGAUAACUGGCACCACUGUGUAUACAAGUACAACUAUACCUACUACUGAAUUUCAGAAACUGGAAGCAACCAUUCCUGGAACUAGUUUGUUUCCAGUGAAGACGACAACAGCAACAGAGACACAGGGCCCAUUCACUAUAAUACUCAAUAUUACUGCACAAACAGUUUCACCAACGGAAGCUGAAGAAGCACAAACUAUUAUGCCUGGCACGGCAGUGUUUCCUAGUACACCAUUAUCAAGAACUAAAGACCAUCAGCUGAAAAUUACUGAGCACGGUGUUGCAUUAUUACCAAUAGAAAUGACAUCACCAACAAAAACACAUGGGCAAAUAACAACAGUACCAAGUAAAACAAUGCCAAUAAUUGGAGUUCAGGAACUGUCAACAACGAUCCUAAGUAGUACCUUGUUACCAAUUGAAACAACAUCUCCGACUGAGGCACUAGAACCACUGACUUCAAUACCUGGUAUUACAGAACUGGAUGGUUAUGAGUUGGUAAGCUGGUUUUGA